ACUGCGCGCAUUUAUUCAGUAGCAGCCGAGGCGAGCGCGGCACAUAAACUGAGAGAGAGAGGAAGAGAGAGAGAGGGGAAGAGAGACAGAGAGAGAGAGAGAGGCGGUGCGAGUUUGCUUUUAGCAGUUGUCAGAUUUGCAAUUGGAUUUGUUUGAAUUUAGUUGCUUGUGGGAGCAAACGAGCAGGAGAAAGAGAGGAUAUCAUUAGAGAGCGAGAGCCGGAGCUCAGUCUGAGCGUCUGAUCCGAGCUGCACUUGCACAAAUAGGCGAGACUCCGUCUGUAAACGCGUUUCCUUGUUUGUUUCAUUUUUUCUUUCGCAUGGAAUUCAUCAAAAGCGACCAACGAGCUUUCACGCUGUUUAUUUGCCUUACAGUUGUCUCCGGAUAGAGGCAUCGCGCCGCGCUAUCAUUCCGUCUGUGAGUUAUUAGCCCAGUAAUAGGACAGAGGAGAGCAUACAGACGGUAAUUCAGCUUCACUCUUACAAUUUACCUUUAUUUAAUGUUCAUUUUAUUGGCUUUUAGUGGUUUUAGUCUAGUCCGCCGCGCGUCUCAGAGCCAUUUCCAGUAGAAGCUGUGCGCAAACCGAGCGGUGCAUCCUGCUGGAGCCGAGGACGGAUCGCCCGGGGAAGGACUCCUCGUUCCUCAGGACGAUGGUGUUGGACAAGGAAGAGGGUGUGCCGAUGCUCUCCGUCCAGCCCAAAGGGAAACAGAAGGGGUGUGCCGGCUGCAAUCGAAAGAUUAAAGACCGCUACCUGCUCAAGGCCCUGGACAAAUACUGGCACGAGGACUGUCUCAAAUGUGCCUGCUGCGACUGCCGUCUGGGGGAGGUGGGCUCCACCCUGUACACGAAAGCCAACCUCAUCCUCUGUCGCAGGGACUACCUGAGGCUCUUUGGUACGACGGGGAACUGUGCAGCCUGCAGCAAACUGAUCCCAGCCUUUGAAAUGGUGAUGAGAGCCAGAGAUAAUGUUUACCAUUUGGACUGUUUUGCCUGUCAGCUUUGUAACCAGAGGUUUUGCGUGGGAGACAAGUUUUUCCUGAAAAACAACAUGAUUUUGUGUCAAAUGGACUAUGAGGAGGGCCAGCUGAACGGAAGCUUCGAGACACAGGUUCAAUAGUUCGGACCUGCCGGCAGCAACAAUCAGUUUCACACUUUUCACACAGGAUGGAUGUUCUGCUGCACUUGGAAUAAAAGACAAGCGUCGGUCUGCUUGCCUGCAAUACUUUUUAAGACCCCUUUAUCAGUCCCUAAGGACUUGGUUGUAAAUAUUUAACUUUUUGCCCCUCCCGAGCCCCAACACUGAGCAGUUACAAACGUGAUGUACAGUUGUGCCUGCUUAGCUGAGCACUGUAUUGCUUGUAUGUUUUUUGUGAAAUUUAUUUGAGGAUUGCUUUUGUUCUCCUUUUAGAAAUGCUUCAUUGGAGGGUAUGUACAGUCUGUUUUCUCUGUAUAUAUAAACGGGAACAUUUAUUUUAUGAAAUGUAAUGCAAUUUUAUUACUAGUGUGAAUUAAAAGAUUCUUAAAUGUUCACAGUGAGUUUUUUCUGGCACUAAAACCAAAGUUGUUGGAGACGGUCAGCCUGCGCGUUGAUGUGUAAUCAUUUCUCCAAUAACUGCACUGGACAAGAAAAAGGCCUUGAAGGAGGAAAGGAAAAAAAAAUUCUAUUUGAAUUCCAUCUUUAAAACAUGAUGCAACAAAACUGGUUUUAUGAAUACAUUUUGCUGUUGAAAACUGACUAAAAAAAUAUUUUAUUUGGAAUAAAAGAAUUCUUCUCCAAACUGUGUGGUUGUGACUGUGCGGUUGUCAUGAAAGGGACUGAGA